CUCUCUCUUCUCUGUCUUCUCUGGGAGGCAGAUUCAAGAAGAAGAGCAAGCUCCGUCAAGUCCUAGGGUUGGCCCAUUGGCAGAAUAAGAGAUCCAAAGAUGAUGGCGCGGUGGGGAUUUGCUCCGCUCAUUGCUGCUCUGGCUGUGCUCUCGGCUUCGCCUGUUAGCAUGGUGGAGCAUGCCGAAUUCCUCAAAGCCGGGAAGGAGCCAGGCCUUCAGAUCUGGAGGAUCGAGAAGUUCGAUCUGGUGCCGGUGCCAAAGAACCUCUAUGGUGAUUUCUUCACCGGAGAUGCCUACGUGAUCCUCAACACCAUCCGGCAACGGAGCGGGAAUCUGCAGUAUGAUCUCCAUUUCUGGCUGGGGGACCAGUGCAGCCAGGAUGAGAGUGGGUCCGCUGCUAUUUUCACGGUACAACUAGAUGAUUAUCUCGGUGGGAAGGCAGUCCAGCAUCGGGAGGUGCAAGGGCACGAAUCAUCAACUUUCCUGGGGUACUUCAAAUCAGGCCUCAAGUACAAAGCUGGUGGUGUGGCUUCCGGCUUCCGUCACGUGGUUCCCAAUGAAGUGACCGUCCAGCGACUCUUCCAAGUCAAAGGCAGGCGGACGGCACGAGCGACAGAGGUCCCCGUCAGCUGGGACAGCUUCAAUAGCGGCGAUUGUUUCAUCUUGGAUUUGGGCAAUUUUAUUCACCAGUGGUGCGGCUCUCAAGCCAAUCGGUUUGAAAGGCUAAAAGCCACAGAGGUUGCCAAAGGGAUCCGGGAUAAUGAGAGAAGUGGCCGUGCCAGGGUCUAUGUUGAGGAUGAAGGUGCUGAGCGACAAGAGAUGCUUCAGGUCCUGGGACCCAAGCCUAGUCUGCCGGAAGGCACAGUCGAUGACGCCCGAGCCGACGUGACCAACAGGAGACUGGCUAAACUCUACAAGGUCUCCAACGGUGCAGGGAAUAUGGCCGUUUCUCUGGUGGCGGAUGAAAAUCCAUUCUCUCAGUCAGCCUUGAACUCAGAGGACUGCUUCAUCCUGGACCAUGGCACCGAUGGCAAAAUCUUCGUAUGGAAAGGUAAAAACGCCAAUGCUGAAGAAAGGAAGGCCGCCUUGAAAACGGCCUCAGAAUUCAUCACCAAGAUGAAUUAUCCGCGACAAACACAGAUCCAAGUCCUUCCAGAAAGUGGGGAAACCCCUCUGUUCAAACAAUUCUUCAAGAACUGGCGCGACAGGGACCAGACGGAGGGGCUUGGGGUAGCCUACGUCUCCGGUAGUGUUGCCAAGAUCGAAAAAGUGCCUUUCGAUGCUGCCACAUUGCAUGUCACCCCGACUAUGGCGGCCCAGCAUGGCAUGGAAGAUGAUGGCACUGGGAACAAACAGAUCUGGAGAGUGGAAGGUUCCACAAAGGUGCCAGUCGAUCCUUCAAGCUACGGUCAGUUCUAUGGCGGAGACAGCUAUAUCAUCUUGUACGAUUACAGGCAUGGAAACCGGCAGGGGAAAAUCAUCUACACCUGGCAAGGUGCCGAUUCCUCACAAGACGAAAUUGCAGCAUCUGCUCUCCUUACUGUCCAACUGGAUGAGGAGCUGGGAGGUAUUGCAGUGCAGAAACGGGUAGUCCAGGGCAAAGAGCCACCUCACCUCAUGAGCCUAUUUGGUGGGAAGCCUUUGAUCGUGUACCAAGGCGGCACCUCCAGGGAUGGCGGUCAGACAAGCCCUGCAGCAACGCGGCUUUUCCAGGUCCGGUCCAGCACUUCUGGUGCCACCAGAGCUGUGGAGAUAAAUGCAGCUGCAAAAGAACUCAACUCCAAUGAUGCCUUUGUGUUGAAAACUCCCUCCGCAGCUUACCUCUGGGUGGGCCAAGGAGCCAGUAACAGUGAGAAGUCUGGGGCUCAGGAGCUGCUGAAGAUUUUGGGAGCGCGGGGAACCCAAGUUGUUGAAGGCAGAGAACCAGAUGCUUUCUGGGAUGCUCUUGGUGGUAAAGCUCCAUACCGCACCUCUCCACGCCUGAAGGACAAGAAGAUGGAUGCUCACCCCCCUCGACUCUUUGCCUGCUCUAACAAGAUCGGGCGCUUCAUAAUUGAAGAAGUGCCUGGAGAGCUGACCCAGGAUGAUUUGGCCACAGAUGAUGUUAUGCUCUUGGACACCUGGGACCAGGUCUUCAUGUGGGUUGGAAAAGAUGCCCAGGAAGAGGAGAAGACAGAAGCAGAGGCAUCAGCAAGGAGAUACAUCGAGACAGAUCCUUCCAACCGCGACAGGAGAACUCCCAUCACGCUCAUCAGACAAGGGCAUGAGCCACCGACUUUCACUGGCUGGUUCCUGGGCUGGGAAGACGAUUACUGGGAAGUUGAUCCGUUGGAGAGAGCCCUGGCGGAGCUGUCUGCAUAAAGACGGAAGCCGCUUUCUCUUUCUCACUCCUUCGUAUAUUGGAAGAAACAAAAGAUCUAGUGCCUUUCUGGCCUCUGGUGAGGUCCUUCCUUCUUCCACCAGACACAGAAGUGUGGCCUUUUCUAGCAAUCAGUAGCCCAAGGCUCUGUGCAAUAGCUGAGAUCCUCCCCAUAAACUGUUAUCCUUGUUUAUUUUCCUACUUCUUUGAGAACGGCCUUUAAUAAAGCUUACCUGGAACUUGUUAAAA